AUGAAAGAAUGUUAAAGUAAUUUAUUUAAAACAAUGAUAAUGAUUGCUAUUUUAUUAGUUUGUGUUCACUCAAAAUAUUAAUGUGAUGAUUUUUAAUACUAAUUCUCUCCUUAAAGUUGUGUUUAAGAUACUAUAAAUAUUAGAUGUAAUUGAACUUUUAUAUGAUAGGUCAAUAUGAUUAUUUUAAUAACAAAUGUUUAGAGAAUUAUUAGGUGAAUUUAGGAUGUACUGAAUAAUUGAAUAAAGAGGCCUGUUUAAAUUAAUUGACAGAUUAAUAAAAUAAUAGAGUUUAUUGUAGAUAUAAUUUGUUUUUAUAUAAUAGGUUUUUUCUAUGAGAAAUGUAUGUAAGUAAAGGAAAUAUAAUUGUAAUAAUAUGGAUGCUCAGAAAUGUUUAAUAAAUAUGCUUGUUUGAGUGUUCAAAAUCAAUCAUGUAAAUGGGAGUCUCAAAAGUGCUUAUAAUAAUAGUAAACUGGUUAGAAUAACUCUUAAAUAUGUAAUAUCUUUGUAACACCAGUUAAUCCUUACACAUGUUCUUAGUUACCUUCUGGUUUAUGUAUAAAAUUUUGAGAUAAUAAUAGGUAUGAGUAGUGGAUUUGAAGGAGAUUUUGAAUGUAUAGAAAUAAGAUAUGAAUAAUUAUCAAAAUUAUCAUGUAAUGAAAUAGGAUUAAAUGAAGAAGGUUGUUUAGCAUUAAAUAAGGAAAAUUAAUAUUGUAUUAAUUUAUUAAAAUUAGGUAUUUUCAAUAAUAAUAAAUGUUAAGAGAUAACAUUAUCACAAAUCAAAUCUUGUGAUUAAAAUUUAAGUUAAUUUGCAUGUUUAUCAAUUUAAAAUAAAGAAUUAUAAUGUGAAUGGAUAGACAAAAAAUGCAGAAAGUUUGAAAGAGAUUCUGAAUAAAGUUGUGAAACCAAAAAUAAAGUAAAUGUUUCUGUUUGUUAAAAUUAAAAUGGAUUCUGUUAAUAUGAUGAAAGCUAAUAAAAAUGUAAGUAAAUUGAUAAAAAUCAUAUUCAUUCUAUUUAAUGUAAUUCACCAGGAUUGUCAAAAUUAGCUUGUUUAUCAAUUAAUAAUUAAAAUUGUUCAUUUUUUAAUGGAAAAUGUUAAGAAUUAUCAGAUUAAGAUCUUAAUAUUUAUUAAUGCCAUAUGGAACUUAAUAAAUAUGCUUGUGUUAAUAUUAAAACUCAUUUUUAAUAUUGCUUUUGGAAUGGAAAUAAUUGUGAAAGAAGGUUUAUGAAUUAAGAUUAUGAUUGUCCUUUAAAAUUAAAUAAUAAUGAUAUAAGAGUAAAUGGAAAUGUUUGUUAAGCAAUAUCUAAAUAUUAGAAGAAAUGCAAAUAUGAUUAAUCAAUAAAUUUAUGUAUAGAGAGUUCAACAAUGGAUAAAUGCAAUACUCCUUUUAUUAAUAAAUUUGGUUGUCUUAGUAUCAUUAAAAAUAAGGAAGCAUGUUAAUGGACAAUGUAAGGUUGUAAGAAUGUUUAGGUUAUAAAAUAUAUAACAACAUGUAAUAGUUUGGGAAGUGCAAAUCCAAUUGCAUGUUCUUAAGUUCUAGAAAUUGAUGAGAAGUUGGGUUGUUAUUUUAAUAUUUUAAAACAAUAAUGUCUUAAAUUAAGUGUUGAAUAAGCUCCAAAUUCAACAAAACAGGAAAUAAUAUAAUAUCAAAAAGAUUUAGAAAUGUUAAGAAAUAUAGAUUGUAAUGAUAUUGGAAUUGGUUUAAAUCCAAUAGCUUGUUCAUCUAUUACAACAAGAGGUGUAGCUUGUAGAUGGAAUAGAGAUUCAUGUGUUAAAAUAGAAAAUAAAAAAGAUAUUUAAACAAUUCCAUGUUUAAAUCUAAAAUAUGCUAAUUAUAAAGCAUGUUCUUAUGUAUAAUAUGGUGGAGAAGUUUGUAGAUAUUCAUAAACUAUUAAGGGAUGUAUAAAUUCUAUUAUUAGGAAUAUGUAAUGUAAUCAAUUAGGUUUAAAUCAAUUUGGAUGUUCAUUAGCUGAAGGUAUGUGUUAAUUUAUAAAUGAUUAAUGUUAAUAAUCAGAUGGAGGUGAUAUAAAUACAGAUCCAAUUUAACAAACUGGAAAUUAAGUAGAAAUUCCAAAACCUACAGAAUCUCCAGAAACAUGUGAAAUUACAUCACCUACUAAAACAGUUUGUGUUUCUUUUUCAUCUAUUUCAUUAUUAUGUUAAUGGAAUAAAUAAAAGAGUAGUUGUGAAAGUGUUGAAAUAAAAUAAAAUUCAUAUUGUGCUGAUUAUAAUGGAAUUGAUGUAUCUGUUAAUUCUAAUGUUUGUGCAUCAAUUAUAUGUGAUUUUCCUGAUUAUAAUUAUCUCAAAGGAGUUUAAGCAGAUAAAAAUAGAGGAUAUUGUUAUUAUAAUAAAUUAACAUUUUAAUGUUAAAUUAAAAAAGAAUUUUGUAACACUAAGUGUUGUACAGAAAGUGAGAAUUAUGGAAUAAAUGCACAUUCUUGUAUUAAAUUCUCAAGUAAUGAACCUGGUGAUUAUUGUUACUUUAUGAAUUUAAGAUGUAAUGAAUUGACAGAUGACAUUGUGGAUUUAUCAAAUCUAGAUUAAAUCAAAUUAUAUUUUAAUGAAAAUAAAUUACCUUGUUCUUCUAUGAAUAAGAAUUCUUGUUAUAUGAUUGAUUGGUCAUUAGAAUAACGCUGCUAUUUUAAUGGAAUAGUAUGUUUAAAUCUCAAUUAUUCUUAUUAUAAGGAUUAUAGUAUAUUCACUUAAGAACCAUCAGUCUUAAAUGAGUAUGCUUGUUUAGCUAUUGAUGGUCUUAUAACUGAAUAAAAUACAAUGAAAUAUUUUGGAUAUGAUUAUGUUAAUAAAAGAUGUAAAGAGAUUUUAUUAGAUCCAUAGUUUUAAUUUGCUACUUGUGAAGAUGUAAAAGGUAAUAGAAAUAUCUGUUAAAGAUACACAGUUAAUAGUUAUUGUAAAUGGGAUUGGAAAUAAUUAAAAUGUAUUACUAUACCUUUAGAUGAAUAUGAAGAAAUUUAAACAUGUGAUAUUGAUCUAAAUAUAAAAGCAUGUACUGAUAUUAAAAAAAGUAGUUGUCAUUUUUCUUAUACUACUGAUAGAUGCACUGAUGUUAUUGAUUUUAAUGUUGAUUGCAAUCAUUUUGAAACAUUAGGUAAAGUAAGUUGGUAAGUAUGUUCAUAAAUCAUCAAAUUUGGAUAAUCGUGUGAAUUUCGUAAUUAUACAUGUGUGGAUUCAACUAAAAUUUCAUAAUCUUGUGAUGGUUCCUUAGCAAAUAACAGAUCUUGUUUUAAAAAUACUAAAGGAUUAUGUAGAUGGGAUCCUAUAACUUUUUAAUGUUAUAUAAAUCAUUAAGAUAUUUCAUUAUUAUCUUGUUCAGAUAAUAUUAAUAUUGAAUUAUGUAAAUAGAUAACAAAAGAUGCUUGUAUUUGGAAUGAUGUAUCAAAUGAAUGUCAAGUAUUUAAUACUAUGAAUUCAACAGAUUUUGAAAUUCUAAAUAGUACUGGAAAUCAUAAAUUCAAUGAAAAAGCAUGUUUAUUAAUAACAGGAGAUGCGUAUUAUUAUGACACAAUUACAUAGAUAUGUACUAAACUGACAUCUAAAGAAGUAGAUUGUGCUACAUAUCAAUUAAAUAAAUAUGCUUGUUUAUAUCAUACUAGAACUCAUCAUUGUUUUUUUGAUGAAGAUGAAGUUGUACCUAAUAAGAAAUGUAAACCAUUUAUUGAAGAAUAAUCAAUAUGUACAACAAAAUGGUAAAUUAAUAUAGAAGUUUGUAUGGAUAUAUAACAAACUUGUAUAUUUGAUUUAAAUACAUUUUAAUGUAAGCCAUUUGAUUUCUUAGAAACUAUGACAUGUUCAGAUUUAUUAAAUUAUUCAACAAAUUUAUAACAUCCUAAUAAAAGGGUUUGUUCAUCUGUUGUUUCAACAUUAGAAGAAAGUUAAGGAGAAUUAUUAUGCUUUGAAGAUAAAUUUGAUUAAUAAUAAUGUAAAUUCUAAAAGUAUUGUUUUUGGUCAAAUUAUGCAUGCAAAUUUUUUAAGCUUGUAUAUGAUACAAAAGAUUCAGCAAGUGUACAAUAAUAAACAAUAAAAGAAUGUCCUGAUUAUGAAGAAAUAGAUACAUGUACUGAGGAAGUUGUUAAGGAUACUACUUAAUCAUAUAGUAAAGAAAGGAAAUCAAAAACUGAAAAUUAUUGGGAAUGGGUAAAUUCAACAUGCAUCUAACAUAUUACUAUAUAUAAAAGAGAACAUACUUAUUAUUAAACUGCUGAAAAUAUAAAAUUCUGUGAUAUACGUGAUUGUACAAUAAUAGAAGAAUACAUUUGUAAUGCUGAAUCAGUUCUUGAAAUAAUAAGUCCAUUUAAUGAAGUUAAUACAUAUAUGUCUGAUACUUCUUACUAUAAAAUUUAAGCAAAUAGUGAUGAAAAUAAUUGCUAGAAUUUAGAUUGCAGUUAAUUAUCUGAAUAUAUGUGCAAUACUGCUAAAAAUAAUUGUUUACAAUAGAAUUCAUGUUAAAUACAAUUGGAUUAUCCAUAUGAUUCUUCAUUCUAAGGAGAUUGUUUGCCAGAAAAAAAUUAUAUUUUUUCUCAUUGGUGUCAUUUAAAGGAAAAUAAAGUAAGUAUAUGUAGUAAUACUUUUUCAAAAGCAUUGUGCUUAGAAAUAAGUCAAAAUUGUAUAUUUGAUAUCCAAUAAGGAGGUUGUAUGUAAUCAAUAGGUAAUGAACAUAACAUUGUGGAUUGUAGUUAAAUUGCAAAUAGCUGUUACAUUAGUUCAAGUUCAAGAGCUAUAUGUUAAAAUGGAGAAUCUAGUAUUAAACCUGGUGAUCAAUGUAAAACAGUAUAAAAACCAUUUACAAGUUGUGUACCUCUAACAACAUAUUAAUCAUCAUUUCUUUGUUCAGAUAUAUUGAAUACAGAUGCUUAACCCAUUCUAUGUUCAAAGGCUAAUGAUGAUUGUAGAUUUGAUGGAAAAGUAUGUAUAACUACAAUGCCCACAUAAAAAUUAGAUGGAAAAUAUCCUUGUGAUAAAAGUUUUAGUAAAUCAAUAUGCAUUAAAUGUGGAUGCGAUUACAAUUAUUUAGGUUAUUGUUAAGAAACUAAAUAAAUACCUUAAGUAAAUUUAGAUAAAUCAAAUAAAUAUUUCUUAUGUUAUUAAGUGAAUAUAUUAAAUUCAACUAAUAAAAUGGAAAUAUGUGGAAAAGUUGAUUAAGCUUGUGCAUAUGUUGGAACUGAUUGUUAUGAUGCUACUCAUUAUUCAUGUAGUGAUCUAUUAUAGUAUACAGUUUCAUUAAAAGCAUGUUAGAAAUGUGAAGAAUAUGCAACUAAAUAUGAUCCUAUUGAAUAGAAAUGCAAUAAAAUUGAUAAUAAUAUUGUAAAUUCUUGUGAUAAUUUAAAUUAAUAUGCUUGUCUUAGAAAUACUAGGGGAGUCAAAUGCAAAUGGGAUAAUUUUAAUUGUUAAUCAGUAUUAAUAUCAAAAAGUGAUAAUAUUUAAUGCUCUAUUUUAAAUUUUGAUGCUUGUUAUAGUUAAUAACUCAAUAUUUGUUGGAUUGAUUAAACAACUUCUUUAUGUGUUAAUUAUGAUCCUUAUAAAGGAGUAUGUGAUUUAUUAAAAACUGAAUCACUUUGUGUAAGAUCUAUGUAUGAGAAUUGUAAAUGGACUUAAAAUAAAUGCAUAAAGAAUACUGAAAUACCUAAUAAUACUUGCAAUAAUUUAAAUUAAUAUUUAUGUCUAAAUGCAACAAAUAUAGCAUGUGGAUGGUCAGAUUUGUAUGAAAAGUGUUAUCAAUUAUAAUUUAAAUCAUAACCUACUUCAUGUAUUGAUUUUCUUUAAAGUGAUUAAUAAGCAUUUAUAAAUCGUUGUAAUUCUUAUACUUGUACUUAAAUUAAAGUUUAAUAGGGUUGUAUUCAUGACUAAUAUUAUAAAUGUAGAUUAAUUAUUCCCCUUGAUGUUAUCUCAUGUUAAGUAGCAUCAAUUUCUAAUAUUAAUGAAUUUGCAUGUGCUAAAUUAGCUAAAGGAAAGUGUAAGUUUAUAAAUAGUGUAUGUGAAAAAACAAUAGAAUCUAAUUUAGGUUGUUAAUCUUAUUUGAACUAAGAAGCUUGUUUAUAUUAAAAUGCUGCUUGUAAAUUUGAUAUAUAUUGUUAAUCAUAUACUAUAACAUCUAUGAAUGGAAUUAAAACUCUCUUUCCUUACACUUCUAGUGUAUGUAAAACUGCUAAUUUAAUUGUUAAAUCAAUAGAUGGUAAUAUGGAUAUUGGUGUAUCUUUAAUUUAUGGUGUGGCAUAAUAAAAAUGUUUAGAUAUUACUUAUAAAAAUAUGGUAAUCAAUUCAUGUACUUAUACAGGAAUGAAUAAGUACUCAUGUUUAUUAAAGACAAAUCAAUUUUGUGAAUAUAAGGAUAAUUAAUGUAGAAAUAUUGAGUAGAAAGUAAUAAAUACAUUAAAAACAUGUAAUUCAACUUUAAAUUAAUUUUCAUGUACUAGAUUAAAUAUGUCAUGUAAAUUUUUAAAUGGUGAAUGUGGUCCAAUAAAUGAAAAUGAUAACUGUAUUAGUUUAUCAUAAGAAAAAUCUAUUGUAAAUUUUAGAACUUGUUUAAGAGAUUAAUAAACAGCUUGUAUGUUUAAUGAUAAAACAUAGAAUUGUGAAGUUAUUACAACACCUUAAAAUUGUAAAGAUCUAAAUUAUAAGGGUUGUAUAUUUUUUACAUAAGGAUACAAUUGUGAAUUUAAAGAAUCUAAAUGUAUUACAUCUUUUGGUAAUCCUAAUUGUGAGGAUGAUAUUAAUGAAGAUAAAUGUUUAUCAAUAAUUACUAAAGGUCAAUAUUGUUAUUUUAAUUCUAAACUUGGAUGCAAAUAUAUUGAUACUACAAAAGUUGAUCUCACUAAAUGUUAUAAAGAUGGAUUGUAAACUAAUCCAUUUACAUGUUCAUAAAGUUAAGAUAUUCCAUGCUUUUUUGAUAAAUAAACUAAAUAAUGUAUUCAAUAUACUGAUUAAACACCAUCUAGUUAUUAAUAAAAUUAUACUAUAUCUAAUAUAUCUUCAUUUAAUAAGAUGACAUGUUAAAUGUUUAAUUAAUUUAAAGCUCUUAUGUGGUAAGAAACUUGUUAAGUAGUUAAAAGUUCUUAAUUAGUUUAUUUAAAAUGUGAUGCUCUUUUGAAUAGAAUAGCAUGUUUAAGUAUAAAGACACCUUUUUAAUUUUGUUAAUAUAUAAAUAAUUAAUGUAUUAAUGCUAAUUUAGAUGAUUUUAAAAAUGUUUAAUGCGAUUAAAUAAGGGAUAUAAAUUCUGGAGCAUUUUGUGCUUUAAAUACUAAUUCUUAACCUUGUCAAUAUAAUAAGUCAUCAUUUAAGUGUGAGAUUAUAGAUAGUACAAUUAUAAGUUGUGUUGAAAAAGAUCCAGAAGAGAAAGGAAUAAAUAAAAAAGGUUGUGAGAUUGAUAAAAUAAAUUGUAUUUAUGAUGAAAAUUGUUAUAGAUUAAAUAAUAGUGGAUAUCAAUUUUGUAGAGAUAUAAAAAUUGAUGGUUAAUUUUAAUGUAAAUAAGUAACAAGUGAAGGAUGUUUAAUUGAUUAAAAUAUCUGUAAAAAGAUUUAUUAUUAAGAUUACAGUUAAAUUAAAUGUGAAUAAGCUAGUAAUCGAUUUGGUUGUGUUAAUAUUUAAACAUAAAAUCAAUAUUGUUAAUUUGAUGGGGAAGAUUGUAAAGAAUAAAAUGUAAAAUAAUUUACAGAUAUUGGUUGUUUAAGUAUAAUAAAUAUUAAUCAUUAUUCAUUUUGUGAAUAACCAAGAGAUAUAGCUUGUACUUUUGAUUUAAAGAAUAGUUCAUGCAGAAAUGUAUAUUAAUAAGAAGUAUUUUCUUGUGAAAGAGGAUUGAAUAAGAUAGCUUGUUUAACUUAAACAACAAAGAGUUUAAUGUGUUAAUUUCUUGAUUAUUGUUAUGGUCCUAAUAAUGGAAUUCUGAAUUGUACUUAUAAUAAUAAUGAAUAAUGUUGUAAAUUAGCAGAUUAAAUUGAUACAUGUUUAAAUUAAAAGAAAUAUGAGUGUGAAUGGACAGUAAAUGGAUGUUAAGCUUAUUAAACUAAAAUAGUAUAAUGUGAGUAAAUAAUAAAUGCAAGCUUUUUGGUUUGUGCUUCAAUUAAAAAUACAUUAUGUGUAUAUGUACCUAAUUAACAUAAUUGUCAAAUAUAAUUACCAACUACUUGUGGUUUUUCUUAAACAAGUUUAUAAUGUAAAAGAAUGAAGUCAGUUUCAUGUAUAUGGGAUAUAGAAAGAGAAAUUUGUAUAUAUUCAGAGAAUUCUAAUUAUUUAAGUUGUACUGAAGUGAGUUAAUAAUCUGGAAAUUAAAGAGCAUGUAUGAAUGUUGAAGUAUAAGGUUAAUUAUGUAUUUACAAAGAUGAAUAAUGUACUCUCUUUUUAUAAUAAGAAAAUAUUAAUAAUUGUUUAGAUUCAAUUAAUAAAAAUGCAUGUUUAUAAUAAACUAUAAGUGAUUGUUAAUGGAUUCAAUAAGUAUAUUAAGUUAAGAAAUUUGAAUAUUCAGAUUAUGAAGAUGUAGUAUAAGGUGAAUGUAAACCAAUUUCUAAUAUUAAUUAAACUCAUUGUUCUUAAAAUAUUAGUUAUACAGCUUGUAUGAAAAUAAAGAAAAUUGGAUAAUUUUGUAUAUGGAAAGAUUUUUCAUGUUAAGAAUUAAAUUAAUUAGAAUUAUAUACACCUAAUUAAUUGAUAUUAGUUAAUUAAAAUGCAUGUAGUUUAGUAAAUAAUGGAGAUAUAGUAAAAUAUAAUUAAUUAUUUAAAAAUUGUGAAAUUGUUGAAAAUCUAAAUGAAUUAACUUGUAAUCCUGAAAUUUUUGGAAUUAAUAAAGAAGCAUGUAUUUCCAUAAAAAAUUAACCAUGUACUUGGUAUAGUAUUGAUAAAAGAUGUUAAUAUUUAGAUAUCUAAAAUGGAUUAUAAACUUGUGAAUAAGCUGAUAAGAAUUCAAUCUCAUGUUCAAAAUUUGAUAUUGAUUAACCUUGUGGAUAUUCUAAUUUAGGUUGUCAAUUUGUUGAUAUAAAUUCUAUUCCUUGUACUUAUUCUGGUUUAAAUAAAUAUGCAUGUUUAAAUAUUUUAAAAUAUUCUUGUAUUUGGAAAUAUAAUGAACAAACUUAAAAUUAUUAUUGUGAUGAAUAUAUUCCUUAUACAUCAUGUUAAUUGAUACCUAAUAAUGUUAAUCCAAAAGUUUGUUAAUUAGUUGAAUAAGAUGCUUGUUAUUAUGAUAUUAAUUAAAAAUAAUGUAAAAAUACAGAAUUAAAAAUAUUAAAUUGUGAAACAUUAGGCUUAAAUAUUAAAGGUUGUAUUGAGAUUGAUGGAUGUAUAUUUUAAGAAUCUUGUAAAAGUUUAAAUAAAAAAAAUUAUUUAUGUAAUGAAUAUCCAAUUGCUAAUUAUAAUGUUUGUAAGAAUGCAUAAGAUAAUUGUAAAUUUAAUGAAUUAACAUUUGGUUGUAUAUAAUCUAAUGAAGAAUUAUGUGAUACUAAAGGAUUAAGUUAAUAAGGUUGUAUUGAAAAUAAUUGCUAAUUUAUUAAUAAUUAAUGUAAAUGUAAUGAGAAUUUUAAAGAUAUAGAUUGCGAUUAAAUAAAUGAAAUUGAAAAAUGUAAUUCUCAUGAUCAUUGUAUAUAUAAUUAGAAUAUUUGUAAAUGGAAAUAAUGUGAAGAUCUAUCAUAUACUGAUUGUAAGGAUAUAUAGAUCAAUUAAUAAUAUUGUUAUUAAAAUACUUUUUAAUAAUGUAAAUCUGCAAAAUUAUGUGAAGAUAUUCAAAAUCCAGCUUCAAUAUAACUUUAUUUAAAUAAAAAAGCUUGUAUUUUUAAUUCAGAGUUAUAAUUAUAUUAACUUAUAAAUUGUUAAAUACUUGAUCAAUAAAAAUGUUUAAGUUAUCCAAAAGAUUGUAAAUUUGAAUAAUUUUGUCAAUCUCUAACUUGCUAUGACUUAAAUUAUAAUAAUUGUACUUCAGAUAAUUGUAUUUGGAAUCUUAAAUAGGGAAUCUGUGAAGAAUAAAUUCAAUGCUCUAAUAUAUCAGAUUAAAAUUAAUGCAAUUUAAUGCAGUAUAAGAAUAGAAAAUGUUAAUGGGUUACAUAAAAAAAUGAAUCAUUUUGUACAAACUCAUAUUGUAAAUUCUUGACAACAAAAUAAUAUUGUAAUGGAGUAUAGGUUAAUGGAGAGAUUUGUGUCAAAACAUAUGGUGAUAGAUGUAUUUCUUGUGAAGAAAUUUAAAAUUCUUGUAUCUGUCUAUAAAACAAUUAAUAAUGUGAUUACGAUUUUAAUAAAAGUAAAUGUAAAUCCAAAAUAUGCUCAAAUUAUUUUGAAGAAGGAUAAUGUCCCAAAGAACAUUGUGAUUUUUAACAAAAUGUACUAUUUUAUAUUUAUUAAGUGUAUUCCAAAAUGUGAAUAUAUUAUAGAAGAAGAAAUAUGUCAGAAAAAUAAUAAAUGUGAUUGGUAGAAUUCAGGAUGCAAAUAAAAGAUAGAAAAUAUUAAACCUAAAAUCGAAGUUUGGGGAUUAAUAAACAUAUUUACUUUAAGCAUUUGUAUUCUUUAUUUUUGA